CCUCGGAGUUAGUGUAUAUCGGCAGCCUGGUAAGUGGACUACCGCGGAAGCCACAGUCUUCGGUGGCAUCCACUUCACCAGCAGUUUCGAAGGAGGCAGGAGGCGACGAGGAAGCCAGUAAGCUGGCCAUCCUCGGAACAGAGGCGGAUCUGCUGCGCGAUGCGCUUCGCCUGCACAUUAUGAGCCGUCUGGUUGAACUGGAGACUCUCGGUCUGCUGCCUCUGAUUCGUCUGGGCUACGACUUUGGCGCCGAAAUGACCACUUCCACCGACAAGCUGCGUUUCCUAGGCACCCUUGAAACGGUCAUCUCUACUCGGCCAAGAGAACAAAACCUCUUCACCCUCGGCUUACUCUUCUACACGAUGCAGAAGAUGAACACGUAUCGCCCCGGUCUCGUACGCAGAUGUCUUGGCCAAAUCCGACGAAAACUCCACCUGACUAUCAACUAUCCCCAGACCGACCAGAGUGCUUGGCUUUCCAGUUCCCUUGCGGCACUGGCCAACCUAGCUGUUGGUGGUCCGCUCUCCGAGCACUUCUCCUCCUCCCUC